AUGAGUAGUCGCUUUUCUCGCACAAUCUAUGUUGGCAACCUGCCCUCUGAUGUAAGGGAAUCAGAAAUUGAUGAUCUAUUCUACAAGUAUGGCCGCAUAAUGGAAAUUGAAUUGAAAGUUCCUCCUCGCCCUCCAUGUUAUUGUUUUGUUGAGUUUGACAAUGCUCGAGAUGCAGAAGAUGCGAUUCGGGGUAGGGAUGGUUACAACUUUGAUGGUUGUCGAUUAAGGGUGGAGCUUGCCCAUGGAGGUAGAGGGCCAUCAUCAAGUGAUCGACGGGGGUAUGGUGGUGGUGGUGGCGGAGGAGGAGGAGGAGGAGGUGGCGGCGGUGCUGCUGGUGGGGGCCGAUUUGGUGUCUCACGCCAUUCUGAAUUUCGAGUUAUUGUUCGUGGGCUCCCAUCUUCUGCAUCCUGGCAAGACUUGAAGGAUCAUAUGCGAAAAGCUGGUGAUGUUUGUUUUGCUGAAGUUUCCCGUGAUAGUGAAGGGACUUUUGGCCUUGUUGAUUACACUAACUAUGAGGACAUGAAAUAUGCUAUUCGGAAACUGGAUGACACCGAGUUUAAAAAUCCUUGGGCAAGAUCAUAUAUUCGGGUGAGAAAGUAUGAGAGCAGUCGUUCAAGGAGCCGCAGCAGAAGCCCCAGCAGGAGCAGGAGUCCAAAAAGGGCUAGAAGUAGAUCUUUGGAGCGAUCUGUGUCAAGGUCACGAUCUAUUUCUAGAUCCAGAUCAGCAUCACCAAUCAAGGUUUCAAGGCCAAGAUCCCGAACACGUUCACCCUCUCGUUCAGUAUCUCCACCUCCACGAUCACCACGCCAGGUUCUGUCAGGGAGCGGUUGA